AUGGAUGCGCCGCCUCCGAGGCAGCAGCUGUUGCUGGCACUGCCUGAGCUGUUCCCGGGCGAUGACAACAUCGAGUUCUGCGGCGAGGCGGCAGUGGCUAUUGGCCAGAAGCCCGCCGACUGGGCCGCCGGUCUGCUGGGCCUGCCGAUUGGCUACAGGCGGGCGGCCAUCAAGGCAGCCGUUCGAGAUACUGGGGCGCCCAGGGGGCCAUCGCAGUCACCGUCGCUGCCGCGGCCGUUUGGCUCAGGCAGGGUACCUGAGAAGAAAACGAUCAGGAUCGUCCAAGAUUGCCUGCCGAGCUUUGACGAAUCGUUGCCGUACACGGCCACAUUUGCGGACGAGGCCGACUUCAAGGAAUACCUGAGCAGAACGGGCGAGGGAGGCCUCAUCUUCUUCGACCAGCAGCAGCUGCAGGCAUCCGACAGCGGCGGUCUGUGCGGCAAAUUGGUGAUGUCGUUCUGUAAGCUGGAGGAGGGGGGCCUGUAUGUGCUGGGCUUUGUUUCAGAGCAGGUGCUCAAGUGCCUGCGGGAGGAGGGCGCCAGAAUCAAGCGUCAGGAGGAGUUCGGCUGCGCCCUGGAGGCGGUCCUGGCGGAGGAAGACCCAGAGCAGGGGUACAAGCUGCGCCGCGACCUGCGUGCGCUGCCAGGCCCUGCGGGCAGCAUGCGCGACUUCGACGCCGUCGUGCUGGGGCGCACCAAGGCAUAUGUGGGCAGCCACACGAUGUACGCGGCGGAUGCCGAGUGA